GAAGUUCAUGGAAAUGACUUAACGAUCACUGCUACAGUAGUUUCAUAACAAAGACGAGCAGAAAUAAUGGCAGCCAUCGUAACAGGGCUCAUCCCAAUCCUCCGCACGGCAGUGGACACCACUACCACCUAUAAGUGCCGCUCGCUGUGGUUUGGCUUCCUCUGCAUGCGCUUGGUGGUUCUGUUUGUGGCCGAGAUGCCCUGGUUCAAGCUGGACGCGGACUUCAGCUGUAACACCACCCAGGACUUGUGCACCCGAGGCUGCUUCAAUCAACACUUUGACAAGCCUGUCAUGGUGGCCUGGAACUUCUUCUUCAUCCUCCUCGUCAUGUCUGUUCUCCUCAUGGAGCUCUUUGCCUCCCACCUCCGCUCCGCUGCCCAGAAGAGGAGCUCCCGGCAGAGGAAUACUACGGGGGAGUUGGAGGCCCAGGGGAAGAGUGUCAGUGUGGGUGAAUCUGAACCCCCAGGGAAGAUGGUGAUUGACCUCCACAAAGACAGUGGCACUGUGGGCUUCUACCUGCUCAGCACCGUGCUGCGUAUUAUGGUGGAGGUCUGGUUUGUCUAUGUGCUUCUGUCCUGGAACCUACCUAAAGUAGAUGAAGGACCAUUCAAGUGUAAGUCAGCUAUCUGCCCAGAGAUACAUAUUUGCUUGGUGAGGGCGGCACCAGAGAAACGUAUGUCUAUCUAUGCUUUAGCCUCUGUUUCAGGCCUGGUCAUUGUAACUUCCGUCUUGUUCUGUUUGUACUCUAUUUUCCACUACCUCUGUAAAUUUUGAGACUGCAGGGAACCCACACUGGACCUUUUUAACUAUAAAUGUCUAAUGUGUAGGUGUAACAUUGGAUUUACGGUUUUCUUUUUUUUAAUCAUGGGUCAUGUUUGUGCCAGCUUAAAAGGCUAAUAAUGCUAAAUAAUCUGUCCUCAGUUUUUACUGUUCAAACGAUGCUUAUGGGUGUAGAAACACCUAUCUGAUGGUGUGUCUGAGUCAGGCAUUUGUAGUGCUUUCUGGUCAGGGUGAAAAUACAUGCUAAGCUAGAGAGGGAGUGUUACAGUGCCUUCAGAAAGUAUUCACACCACUUGACUUUUUCCACGUUUUGUUGUGUUACAGCCUGAAUUUGAAAUGGAUUAAAUUUAGAUUUUUUUUGUCACUGGCCUAAACACAAUACCUCAUAAUAUCGAAGUGAAAUUAUGUUUUUAAAAUUUGACAAAUGAAUUAAAUAUUAAAAGCUG